AGAUCCAGCUGUGGGACACAGCAGGCCAGGAGCGCUUCAGAAAGUCCAUGGUGCAGCACUAUUACCGUAAUGUGCACGCUGUCAUGUUUGUCUACGACGUGACCAACGCUGCCAGUUUCCACAGCCUUCCCGGUUGGAUCGAGGAAUGUAAGCAACAUGCUCUCGGCACAGAAGUACCCAGGAUCCUUGUUGGGAAUAAGUGUGACCUCCAGGACUCCAUUCAGACAGGCACAGACGUGGCCCAGCAGUUUGCGGAUGCCCACUCAAUGCCGCUGUUUGAGACUUCUGCAAAAAACCCUAAUGGCCAAGGAGAUGGAAGCUGCCACAACAGUGACCAUGUGGAGGCUAUCCUUAUGACUGUGGCUCACAAGCUGAAAUCACAGAAGCCUCUGGUGCUCAGUCAGCUUCCUGAGGAGUCAGGGGCCGCUGUCACCCUGAGUGAGGGGAGGAAUGAUGGAGGAGAUGGAACUAAAAGCUGGAGCUGCAGCAGCUGCUGAGAGGGAAGGAGCACUGGGAAAGUUUAAAUGAAAGACAGAACCCAGGGGGAAAAAAACAAGAAUAAAUGACACCAGUGAAGAUACUUCUUCAGUAGUAUCUUCUAACAAUAGUCCUUUUUUUUGACUAUUUGCAGUUUUUGUUGUGCCAAAAUAUCAGCAUCCAGCUGUUGCUUGGCUCAUGGAAAUGAUCCUGUGAAAAUUCGAUCUUAAAACAGGAAUAAAGACUAAAACAACAGGAAACGCUGCUCGUUUACACAUUUAGACAAACUUCUUAUUAGCAAGAAUCUCACCUAAGGUCCAGGUUUUUCUUUUUGUUGUACAAAAUGUUCCCUAAAAAUUGUUUUAAUGCCACAAUUUGAAAACGAUUGCA